AUGGCAGGCGAUACCAGAGAUGAGAAUCAAUCACCCACACGGGGCCCUCCUCCUGGAGCAUCCGAACCUCCCGAUCAUGUCAAAACACCAAACAAAGUCUAUGAAGUCUUCCAUUCUCCGCCGCAGAGUGCAAAUGCAUUGCCUGAGGGGUCGGGACAGAACACCGCUGGUGGACGAGAAAGGCCCCCUGCAAUAACAGAUGCGGUCAAGACUAUAAAGCUGGAGGAUUUCAAGAAGGUGCAUAUGUAUCCUUGUGUUAGGGAGAGUCUGCUUAUGGGUAUUGGGAGUGGGUUUGGGAUUGGUGGUAUCAGAGCCCUAUGGGGUGCUCCUAUACCGAAAGCUGCUAAUUGGGCAGUGGGAACAUUUGUCUUCGCUUCAUUCGCCAAUUACGAAUUUUGUUUGUAUAGGAGGAAAUUGGAGAAGGCGCAUAUGAAGAGAGCGGUGGAGAUCAUUGAUCGCAAGAAAGCCGAGAAGGAAGCGGCCGCACAAGCGAAGAGGGAGGAGAGACGGCGAUUGAAGGAGGAGACUGACAGGAAAGCUGAGGAGGCUGCCAAGAAGAGUUGGAAGUUCUGGUAA